GUUGAUUUAAAUUGAACAGAAUUUAUAUGUCAAACGUAGUAUAAAUAGGACCUCUAUGGUUGCCCGAAUGCACAUAUGACAUAACAAACAACAAUAUUCUACGUAGUACUUCAUAGAAUUAUCCAAGAUGAUGAUGAAAAAAAUGGGGGCUUGGAUGUUGCUAGCAUUAUUGACUUUGGUUGGCGACUGGUGUGGUCGUUGUUAUGGGUGCUUGGAGGAUGAGAGAAUUGGUCUCUUAGAGAUCAAAGCUUUGAUCGACCCAAACAGCAUUUACAUGGGAGAUUGGGUGGAGUACAGUAGUAAUUGUUGUGAGUGGUCUUGGAUCGAGUGUGAUAACACUACAAGGCGAGUGAUCCGACUCUCUCUUUGGGGUGCAAGGGAUCAGAGCUUGGGGGAUUGGGUUCUCAACGCAUCUUUGUUUCUGCCUUUUAAGGAAUUGCAAAGUCUUGAUUUGUCCGGUAAUGGACUGGUUGGUUGCUCUGAGAAUCAAGGCUUGAAGUCCUAUCAUCAAAACUGAGGAAACUGGAGGUACUUGACCUAAGUGAGAACCGAUUUAAUGAUGAUAAAAGCAUUUUAUCAUGCUUCAAUGGGCUUUCAUCUCUCAAGUCUUUGGAUCUGUCAGACAAUCAGCUGACAGGAUCAGGUAGCUUCUAUGGUGACCGUUUAAUUAUUUAGCUUUGAAACAUUUUCUUUUCUCCUUGUCAUAUGAUUUAGCUUCUAUGCGUUUAUUUCCUUCCAGUAUGCUUAAUUUUGAGAAACAUCAUGCAGGUCUCAAAGUCCUGUCAUCAAGGUUGAAAAAGCUGGAGAACCUUGACCUCAGUUGGAAUCAAUGCAACGAUAGCAUCUUUUCAUCUAUAACUGGGUUUUCAUCUCUCAAGUCUUUGGAUCUGUCAGCCAAUCAGCUGACAGGAUCAUCUACUGGUAUCAAUAGUUUUCAAGUGCUAGCUUCAGGGUUGAGGAAUUUGGAGGAACUUUAUCUAAGUUCCAAUAAAUUGAACGACAGCGUUUUAUCAUCUCUCGGUGGUUUUUCAACUCUCAAAUCUCUAUAUCUGUCAAACAAUAGCUUCACAGGAUCAACUGGUCUCAAUGGUUUAAGGAAAUUAGAAAUCUUGUAUCUGGAAUCAUCUGACUUCAAGGAAAGCAUUUUGAUAGAGUCAUUGGGAGCGUUGCCAUCCCUCAAGACCUUAGAUGCCAGUUAUAGUACAUUUAAACACUUUGGGAAAGGUCAGUGACAGUUUUGGUGCCUAAAACAAUAUGAUAUUUAUAAUAUAUUGAUGGAUCUAAAAUUUCUGAGUCUUAAAUUAAGGGUAGCUGGCAGAUGCAUGGAGUCAGUUAGAGUUAGUCAACAAUAGAAUAAACCGUCCCUCCUCUUAACAGAAUGUGGGGAAGUAUAUAUAUAUAAUGAUUUAUAAAUGGAUUACGCACGCAAGAAAUAACAGAAUCAUCCUCCUCUUAACAACUUAAUUAAGGCAUACAACCAUCCCUCAAGACCCUUUCUCUCAAGGAUACUGCUUAAUCAGUGUUUAGUUUCUUAUAAUCUUAAUUACUAAUAUUGAAUGGAAUGGUUACUAUUUU